CUUAAAUGUUAUAAUUGUUUGUUUUUCAUAAUGGGUGAAACUUUUAGUAAAAAGAAACAUACUCCAAAGAAUAGAGUGACAAAGAAGACUGGCAAGACCGAAGCUUAUUAUCAAAAACUUUCAGUCUUAAGAAAUUUCAAGGCUUCUUGAGAAUACUUUAAGCUAAAUAUUAGCGCACAAAAGAAAAUACUGAAUCUUUAUCAGGACCAAAUUUUGAAUGUUUGAUGAGCAAGAAUCAGUCAGAUCAACAACCAACUUGUCUCACUUCAACAAGAACUAGAGGCUUAUGACCCUGAGAAGGUGAGGAUUGAUGAUAUCACAUACAAGGAGCGUUAUGUAGACCUUGUGAAGAAAAUCAACAAGGUUUUAGAACAAUCUCAGCAGAUUUUACAGGCAAAAGAAGGAGUAAGGGUAUCCAUCAAAUCCGGUGAUCCUAAUAAUAAGACAAGCAGAGCUAAGCUGGAAUCUGUAAUCCCCCAGGAGAUGCUGACCAAUCAGAAGUCUGAAGAUAUUAACUUCACAGUGUUUACAAAUCUCUAUACGGAAUUUAGCAACAGAACAUGGAAGAAAGAACUCAGUAAUGAAUUGGAACUCAAUUUAGAAGGAAUACUCUGGCGAUACUUUAUGAAGAGGCUCAAGACUUUGACUUUUCCCAAUCUAGAUAAGCUGUGUUUGAAAAAUAUAUCUUAUAGUGAUCUUCCGUUACUAAGGAAAUUCUUGAUUACUUCCUUUUCAAAAAAAGUUGAUAGCUUACAGAUGCUCUUUGUUGAUAAGAAAUCUGGGAGAAUUGUCAAGUUCAUACGUGACAUCCUAAAUGCUACUUAUAAGGUAAAGGCCAGAGUUUAAUCCAGCCUUUCCUUGAAAGUCGCCUGGGAGGCGAAGUUGUGCAUCGUCAAGUAUUGAAAUAUAUUCAACAAUGAGAAUUUACAGUAAAAUCAUCGGUGACUUUUCGGAGGUGAACUAUUCGCCAGCCUUCAUUAAUGAGACUGUUCAAUGGUAUAUGAAAUAAGCAGGAAGUAUUCUUUAGUCAGUGUGACAUUUUUGUACAAAGUGUGCCGAACUUUGCCCAUGCGCUGGAUGGAAGUACUCUUAAUUCAAUGGUAUUAGGAAACUGUCGGAUAACAGGAAAUACCUCACAAGAUAGUGAGGCAGAUGGCUUUAAAAACUUGAUACUCGGGCUUUCCAAGUCAGUAGAUUUUAGAAACUCUCUUCAAAAGCUCAUACUAAAUUUAGGUUUUUACAAGAAAGCUACUGGAAAUAUCCUGGAAGAAAACGGGUUUAGACAAGCCCAGGUUAUCCUAAUGUAAAAUGUUGAACUGCAUGCUUCACUCUUGAUAUCGAUCGUGACUUGAUUGUUAAAUCUCAGUUAAAUGAGUUGAGAUAAAUUCAGGCCAAGAGUGUCCUUCAUGAUG